GUCAAACAAUCUCAAAUACUCUAUAAUAUUGUAAGCGAAAUUGUCUGUAGGAAUAGAAUCGAUUUCGACAACAACAACAGAAUCGAUUUAAUUGAAUAUAAAAAAAUAUGAUUGAAAAUGCAAUAUUUUUUGCUUUGUUAUUUCUUUUAUUAUUUUUGUGGUAUCGAAAGCGUAAGAAUGACAUGACAUUUUUUGAAAGAUUGAACAUACCGGGACCAAGACCACAUUUCAUAACAGGAAAUCUUUCCGAAUAUACUGAAAAGGGAUUUGAAAAAUGCCAAUUGGAAUGGAUAGAGAAAUAUGGAAAUAUUGUAGGAUAUUACUUAGGAGCUAAACCGAUAUUAUUAUUAUUCAUUUCGGAUGGCGGAAUCCCUCACAAAUACGGUAGAGAAACCUUAAGUCUUAAAGAAGGAAAGGAAUGGAAAAAUGCUCGAAGUAUUUUGUCACCCGGUUUCAGCACAAACAAACUAAAACAGACAGUUCCUUUGGUGGAAGAUGCGAUUAAAGUAUUUUUAGACAUCAUUUGGAAGAAAGCCAACAACAAAGAAGAAUUUAAUAUAUUCCCCAUGUAUCACACUUUAACGAUGGAUAUAAUCGGAAGAACGGCUUUUGGCAUUAGAACUAAUAUUCAAAAAAAUCCUGAAGAUAUUUUCAUCAAGAAUGUGAAAUAUAUUUCGACAGAUACCGUUUCCUCAAAAACUGUUUGGCUAAUACUUUGUUUUAGAGAAUUAGAAGUGAUUUUAUCUAUACUUCGAAUAAUCAUAGAUAAAAUAAGAGGUUUCUUUGGUUUACCUUCGAUGGAACUCUUAUUUAAAAAUUUAAAUGAUGUCAUCCAAAGCAGAAAGACGAAUAAGUCAGUUUGUUUUAGAGAAUUAGAAGUGAUUUUAUCUAUACUUCGAAUAAUCAUAGAUAAAAUAAGAGGUUUCUUUGGUUUACCUUCGAUGGAACUCUUAUUUAAAAAUUUAAAUGAUGUCAUCCAAAGCAGAAAGACGAAUAAGAAUUUUCGUCAAGAUUUGCUUCAAAUUAUGCUCGACGCUAAUAUUUCUUCGGAAGAAUUACAAAAUAUAACCGGAGAAAAACUGACUGCCAGUCUAAACCCUGAUAACAUCUCAAAAUCAUCAACAGUUAAACAAAACACAAAUUCGACAUCAAAGUUGCAUUAUUUGACUAAUCCAGAAAUCAUGGCAAAUUCCGCUCUCUUUAUGGUAGCAGGGUACGAAACAACGGGCACCACCCUUUCCUUCGUCACACAUUUAUUGAUUAAUUAUCCGGAAAUACAAGAAAAAGUUAGGGAAGAAAUUAAUGCUGUACUCGAAAAUGAGCGAUUUUUCCUUUCGUGUAGAUUUACGACGAGGAAAGUAGGGAAAACUUUCACCUAUAAAAACUUAACGAUUCCUAAGGACUUGGCUCUCCAACACGCUAUCUGGAAGAGUCAGAGAGAUCCGGAAAUUUGGCAGGAUCCCGAGAGUUUCGAUCCCGACAGAUUUAGUCCAGAACGGAAAGAUUCGAUCGACCCUUAUGCUUAUCAACCUUUUGGAAAUGGACCGAGGAACUGCAUCGGAAUGAGAUUCGCUUUUCUUGUCAUGAAAAUGAUUUUGGCGUCACUUCUUCGGUCGUUCCGCUUCGUUCCCGGACAAAACACUGAAAAGGUAGUUUAA